UCCUUCUCGCUCCUCUGAUCAGAUCACGGUGGAGGUGAACUCACUCACGGUGACUCCACCAUCUCCGUCUUAAUUUAGUCCAACUACGAACAUCACUAGUGUCUAAGCUGGGGCCACUGCAAGGGGGUUCCAUUAAAUCAGACGGUUGGAACCACCAUCCAUCCGGCGUGAUCCAUCGUCAUCAGCUGGGGAGCACCAUAAGGGAAGAAAAGAGCCGGGGGCGUAGAAGCUAGAGAAAGCGAAAGCGAACUCUCUGCUCCCUCCUGUCGUUCUUUACCAACCGCCAAGCGGACCUCUCCUUUGACCGACACGAGCGUAUUCUGACCGGUCAACAUGUAUGCUCCCAAUUGUAGAAUAAAAUAAAAUUUGAUCUGGGGAGCACGGAUCAGAUGGCUAGGAGGACGGGACCACGUAGGAGGACCCGAUUUCCAGCCAUCAUCGCGAGAUCAUGCGAUAUGAUCCCGAGUAGAUAAACCGCCGAGUCGAGGUCCCGGCGAUUAAUCGGCGUGGGGGCCCCGCGCGGGCCCCCUGCGGCGUUGUUGCGCUUCACGCCAAGGGGUGGGGCCCGCGCCCUCCUCCUCCCCUCUUCAUGAAUCCGUUGCAGAUCGCCCGAAUUUUCCAUGCUUUCUCUGCGUGCAAGCCAAACACAUCGAUCGUCUCGUACAGAAAGUCAUGGCUACCCUUCCCUUAGAAGAAGUUCUUGCUGGGUGCCCCAAGACACAGCAGCCGCAGCAGCAGCAGCAGCAGCAGCAGGAGAGGAAGGCGAGGCCUCCACCAGAGCAAGCCCUCAAGUGCCCAAGAUGUGAUUCCAACAACACCAAGUUCUGCUACUACAACAACUACAGCCUCUCCCAGCCCAGGUACUUCUGCAAGGGCUGCAGGAGGUACUGGACCAAAGGAGGCUCCCUUAGAAAUGUCCCAGUUGGGGGUGGCUGCAGGAAGAACAAGAGAUCCUCCUCCUCUACUUCAAAGAGGGUCCAAGAUCAAACCCUCACCACCCAUUCCACCCCACCACUCCCAACCUUCAUCCCACCACCCCUUUCCUAUGACCCCAGUGGCCUGUCCUUGACCUUUCCCAGGUUCCACACGCCACCCACCCCUGGCCAGUUAGGGCUGGAUGACCAUGAUUCCUUCCUUCUAGGAAACCCUAACCCUAACCCUAGCCAAAUCCCCACAGCAACCCCGAGCUUCCUUGACAUUCUGAGGGGUGGGCUCCUUGACACCACCACCAACAGCAAUGCCUUCCACAAUCUCUACCAUGGGUUUGGGGGUCAUGGCAGGAUGGAGGAGGUGGAGGGUGGUGUUUCUGGGGAGGAGGUGGUGCUGCCCUUUGAUGGAGGUCUAGGUGGUUCAACCACAAGUACAACUGCAAGCACUCCGACAGCUAGCCAAGGAUCUUGCAAAGCUGUGGAUGGAGGGGAGAGCAGGGUGUUUAUGGGUCUGCAAUGGCAAGUUGGCAGGGAUGGCAGCAUGGGUAUGGACCCUGGAAGAGAGUACUGGAAUGGAGUUGGUUCCUCUUGGCCCGGUCUCAUCAACAGCUCCCUGAUGUAGAGGUAGAGAGAUAGACUGAUAGAAAGUUAGUUAUAUUCUCUCCUUCAAAUGGCGAUGUCUAAUUAGUAGCCAUAUUUGGAAACAUUCUAGCUUCACUUUCAUCCUUCUGUCUCAGUUUUAAGUUUUUCUUUUUGUUAUUUUCGUUGGUUACUUAUGUUGGGCUUUUCUGUGAGUGGUGAUUUGACAAUUAUAUACUAAAUGAAACAUUCAGAUUUGUUUUCUAACUCA